CGCCGUUCUCAAUUAUGAAAUGGAAUUUGGAUUCAGGAUUUCUGACCAUUCACCUUCAUAACCAACGAUCUUCUUUGUGCCCUAUAUUUCUCUUCCAAUGAAUGCAAAUCAAUCUGCCGUCGUUGAUUUCCUCAGAGCAGCAAUGGACAACGAACGCGGAGGCAGAAUACCUAAACCUCCGACCAGGUUGCAGAAGCAGGCGCCGGCCGGUCUUUAUCUCGAUCAGCUUUCGAGCGUCUCAAUGUCUUCUGUUGGUACCGAGAUUUCUUCGAAGACGGUUCUUCCUCUGCUUUCGCCGCUCCCUUCGUCGCCACAGCCUUUUUCUGAAACUGAGGGAAAUAGAAUGUUGACGAACGGAAAUGGUGCAGACAGCGGCGGCAAUGGCGAUCAAAGAGGUAUAGUUUUCGCAUCUCCUGGUGGCUGGCAACAUCCGGCGGUGGCUGCGACAUACGCCGAUCCUUCCACGCUGUUUACUUUCUUUCAAUCGAAGUGCAUCAUAACCAGUAACACGCCGUGAGAAGAUGAUGGCUGGAUCGAGUCUCGUAUGCUCUACGUAAAUCCAUGUACAGUAUGUGUGUGUGUGUGUGUGUGUCGCCGCUUGGAUUAAGAUCUCCACGAAUGCUUCUGGUUUCAUGUUGUAUUAUUGAUAAAUUGUAACGCGGGAAAUCUCUCAAACUUCCUGCUCCUAAUCUAACAGCCGCUUCGUUUCCACUUCGUUCCUGUUCAAUUCAUUUCUCUCGGUCAUUUCUUGUAAUUUGUUCUCUACUUUCAAGUCUCCAUCAUGAAUCCGAUUUCGCCAUUGAAAGUUAUGCUGC